CUCAUUUUCAAGAAUUUCCUUAUACCUGACAGAUGUACAUAACAGAUAAGUAAAUUCUUCAUUAUAGAUGUCUCAUACAGCAGUUGAGCAAGAUGAGGCUCUGCCUCCUCUACCUCCCCUGACUGCACUUUCCUGCUGGACAUGACUGCUGUAAAUCCUACGAUCUUGAAGUGUUAUUAACUAUUCAAAAGGAACUACUUGAAAAAUGACGACACGCUGCCGUUGGAUUUUUGCCAUUUUUAUUUUUUUUCUGCUUAUAAUGAAUAUAUCCUACAUACAAUAUGUGAGUAGGAAAAAAAUGUCACUCACAGGCAUUAGCAAAUCCAGCAGUUUAUCAAACGACUCUGAGGAACAUCCUGAUGACAAUAGAAGGUCACCAACCAGCUGUGAUCUAAGCACUGUUAUAUGGACUGCGCAUCCCUCAGCGCGUUUUGGAAAUAUGAUGGGAGAGUAUGCCACUCUUUAUGCUCUUGCAAAGUUGAAUGGACACAAAGCGUAUGUGUUGCCAGAGAUGCACUCCAAACUUGCCAACAUAUUUAAACUCAAGAUGCCUGUGCUUCACCAGGAAGUUGCUAAUAUCAUAAAGUGGAAAGGUUAUACGCUUCAUGAUUGGAUGUCUCCAGAAUAUAAUCAUAUUGAAGGACAGUAUGUCAAACUAUAUGGUACGCCUUGUUCUUGGACUUUCUUCCAUCACAUAAGAGAUGAGAUUCUUAAUGAAUUUACUUUCCAUGACUUUAUUAAAGAGGAGACCAAUGCAUACCUUGCUACUUUGCGAGGAAACAGAAGAAACAUCACCUUUGUUGGGGUACAUGUCCGAAGAGGAGAUUAUGUCUCAGUUAUGCCUAACACAUGGAAAGGGGUAAUAGCUGACAAGGGAUACUUGCAAAAAGCCAUGGACUACUUCAGAAACAAGUAUGAAAACCCCCUUUUUAUUGUCACCAGUAAUGGUAUGAAUUGGUGCAAGGAAAAUAUUGAUAGUUCAAAGGGGGAUGUUCAUUUUGCUGGAGAUGGCAAAGAAGGCUCUCCUGGAAGAGAUUUUGCCCUCCUAGCACACUGCAACCACACCAUCAUGACUGUAGGCACAUAUGGGUUUUGGGCUGGAUAUUUAGUUGGCGGAGAAACAGUUUACCUUACAAAUUUCACAUUGCCCAAUUCUCCUUUCCUCAAAGUUUUUAAAUACGAAAAAGCUUUUCUUCCUGAAUGGAUAGGGAUCCCAGCAGACCUCUCUCCUCUCCUGAAAAAGACAAGAUAUUAAAGAAAUAGGAGACUUCCCACAGAAUUAAUCACAUAAUGAAAAAAUUUACAUAUUAACGCAAAAGAAGCCUACUAACCAUCUUCAAAACCAGUGGUGGUUUUUUUUAUGCCCAAAAUAAUAGUAUAGAAAAUAUCAUAGGAGAUAUACAUAUAUAUUGUUUUUAAAUAAUACAUUUUGGAAAUUACAAUAAUCUAAAGUAGAGACAAUUAACUUUUCUCCUAAUAGAGGAGCAUUAAUAAGACAUUAAAGUUAUAUAGAAGAACACUAACAAGGCUCAAACGGGACAAAAAUACACAUAGGUGGCCCUAGUGUUAGGCCAAAUAGGCAACUGCCUAAGGCCUUGCUCAUGAUGGGGCCUCAUCGAGGGGCACAGAAAAACGUUUGAUUUGUUUCUUUUCUUUUCUCCACCUUCUGCCUGCCACUGGUCAGCCUCAGCAUAACCAGAAGACAGGUGACACAGGCAAAAAUGAACAUGUAAAAGGAGCAGGGGGACUGCACUUUAAGCAUUUAAACCAUUUGCAACCAGAAGUAAUAAGCUGCUAUUAACUUACAGUAUACUCUAUCUCUCUCUGUCCUCUCAUGCUUUCUCUUCUUCUUAUUUCUUUACUCUUUUCUCUCUCUCUCUCACUCCCCUCUUUUCUCAUUCCAUCUUCACUAGCUCCUCUAUUGCCCCCUCCUUUGUAACUUUACCUCUCCCUCCUCUCUUUCUCUUAUCUCUCUCCCUUCUCUUUCUUCCCUCUUUUUCCUCUUACUCCCUCCCUUCUCUUAACAUUCUCUUUACUCAAUCUCCCCCUCCUCUCUUUUCGUUUUCCUUCUCCCCUUUCUCCCACUCUCUCUCCUCCUCCUUUCUCCUCUCUUAUCUCUAUCCAUUAUCUCUUCUGACUUUCUCCUUCUUCCUCUCCCUUUUUUCUCUUUCUCCCGCUCACUUGAUCUUCCUAUUUUCUUUCCACUAUAUCUGAACUCUCUUCUCUAGAUUCAUCUCUGUGUUCUCUUGAUGCACCCCCUCUCCCUUGUCCUUACCUUGCUAGCUCAUCUUUGUCUCUCCCUCUCUCUCCCUUCUCUAUACAGUAUGUCUUCCAUCUCUCUCCCUUCUAUAAUAUUAUCUUCAUACUUUUUCUAUUCGUUCUCCCUCUCUCUUAUCUCUCCUUCUCUCUCACUUAUAUAUCUUUAUUCUCUCUCAACUCUACUUUCCCUCUCUCUUAUCUCUCCUUCACUCUCUCUCACUUUUAUAACCAUUCUCCUUAUAUUCCCCCUCUCUUAUGUCUUCCAUCUCUCUCCCUUCUAUAACAUUAUCUUCAUACUAUCUCCAUUCUUUCUCCCUCUCUCUUAUCUCUCCUUAUAUAACCAUAUUCUCUCUCAACUCUUUACUUUCACUCUCUCUUAUCUCUCCUUCACUCUCUCUCUCCCUUCAAUAACCAUUCUCUUUAUUCUCUCUUCACCCCCCCCCCCCCUUUAUUCACUCUCUCUCCUCUCUCACCCUGUCUGUUUCUCCCUUAACUAUCUUUUUCUAUCAUCACACACUCUUUUCUCUCUGUCCAAAACAUAAAUUGUUAUCUAAAUGAAGAAAAAGGAGGGGAAAGUAUGAUACACAAGUAGGUGUACAAUACAGGGAUAUACCUAACCGGUAAUACGAAUUAAGCAUAAGAAAAGCCUCAUAUUUAAAUUUUGCCAAAGACCUCACCAACUCUUGAGCUACCUCUCAAAGUACAUAUGGGGUUAUAUGUAGAAUGAUUUCAUUCAUAGGGGUAGUUUAGGGCUGGAUAGUCCUUCUGGGACCAGCCUGAUUUUUUUAAUGAAAGAAAAAAGUGGUUUUGAAGGGACUGCCUCCUGGGUGCUAAUGAUUUCAUAAGACAUGUUGGUAUAGUUAUACGUAUUUAUAGUUAAUUUAUUUUUGAUGUUUGCUUAUUGUAUUUCUCAAGUGGAUGGCAGGAUAUGUGCUGAAGGUCCACAUUGGGCCCCCUGGUAUUAGGUUGAAUGUGUCUGUUUUUUUACCAUGCAGUUUGUGGUUAGCAGAGAAAAAGUAGCAAUGCUGAAUUUAUAAGUGAAUAAAAUAUUUGCACAAAAUAAGUGUUCACUGCAAAUGGCCCUCUUGCAGAUUUAUCAUUUUGGUGUAAAGGGGAAAAGUGCUUAGGAUCCUUUCUUACUUCUAUUAUCAAUUUUACUAAUAUAUAAAUGUUCAAAACUA